CGCUUCAACUUGCAUGGUACAACGUGGCUGAACAUGCCCGACAUUACAAGCUUAAAAUGAAACUAAGCUAUGACAAAGCAGCCCGACCUACAAAGCAGCCAAACUACAAAUCCAAACCGGUGACAGGCAAACAGGGUCUGGCACGCAAACUUUGUUUUCCGUGGAUCGGACAAUUUCGAGUAAUCAAAAUAGAUCCUCCACAUGCUGUUAUUGUUAGUAUCACUUCAUCUCAGUCAAAACCACGUAGAGUACAUCUGAACCAAAUCAAAAAGGUCCUGGAUUGCUGCGGUCCCGCUUCUACCCUCCCUCAAUUCCGGGAGAAGAAGAAUACAUAA